GUUAAAUUUUGUGACCUACAUAAGUAAUGAGUGGAAAUUUUCUUGGCUGAAAGUUGUGAAGAGCAGCCUUCUCGAAUCCAAGGUAGAAGCAGUUAAAUGAGACAAGUGAAAUCUCAAAGUUUUGAGUUCUUUGAACCUGAUCAAAUAGGUAAGAAAGUUAAUUCUGAUAUUCAAAAUAAGGUCAGUAAUCUUUUUAUGAUAGAAUGUAGGCCUACGUAACGAGGAUUUUAAAUUCCGAGGCUUAGGCCUAUGCCUAGUGACAGUGAACUGUGGCUAGUAAGUAAACUUUUUGACUUUUUACAACUUUUACUUUGCGAGGAUGGAAAGUUUACUUUUCGUCUUCAGAUUACUACUCAUCCCAAGUAAAAAAAUAUUGCAUGGUUGUGUUUAACAAUUCAGACUAUAUGUACUAUUGCUGAAUCGGAAGACAUUAUCUAGAGGUCCCUAGUCACGUAGGCCUAGACAUUUGACAUGAUUUUUAAAUAAAAUCAGUACCACUAAAAACUAACUGUACUUUAAUUAUUAAUGGUAUACUUGUCUGAAAUGUUCAAAUUGAUUUUUUUUUUAAAGAAAUGAACACUUCUGUAAGAUAGCCCUUGUUAAGUUAAAUAUAGUAGUAAUAAUAAUAAUUAGUAAUAUGUUUUCAUUUUUCAUGUAGAGUUUUUGGUUCUUUGGUUAAAGUCCAAAAAUUAAAUAAUCGCCAAUUAAGCUGAUUUGUUUCAAUUUUUUGUUUUACAACAUACUAAAAUUACUCAAAACACUUUUUGCCACAUAUCUAGAGGGAUAGAAUAAUCAUGAAUAAUAAUAAUAAUAAUAAUAAGUGGUCUUAUAUAGCGCGGUACCCCGGCCUAGGGCUGGGCUCACCGCGCUGUACAUAUAUAGCAAAGAGGCAUAAUCAUAAUAUUAAAAUAAAAUACAUAAAUGAAAUAAAAACAACAUAUAAGCAAAACAACACCAUAGGUCUAUUCAUCCACCCACACCAGACAUUUUUACAAGGAAACCCAUGUACGUUUAUCGGUUUAUAGGAGGAGAAUCAGUCAGAGUAGUAUAGUUUAAAUAGAUGUGUUUUGAGUGCAGUUUUGAAGGCCUGUGUGGUUGUUAUAUUGCGGAUGUGUAGUGGCAAAGAAUUCCAUUGUUUGGGGGCGCAGAAAGAGAAAGAUCGUUCACCAUAUAAUUUAGUGCGUGUCUUGGGAACGGACAGAAUACGCGAGUCUGCGGAGGAGCGAAGUUGUCGAAGGGGUGAAUAGACAGAAAGAAGUUCAGUUAGAUAGGAAGGGCAGGAAUCCGAGAAAAAGUUGUGACAGAGAAGAGACAGCUUGUAGUCAAUGCGUGCCUGUAUAGGGAGCCAAUGUAGUGAGUGGAGUAGUGGAGUGACGUGAUCAUGUUUUUUUGCCUUAAGAACAAGCCUAGCAGCAGAGUUUUGAACUUUCUGCAGUUUUUCUAUAAAAUGUUUCGGUGAACCUGACAGAAGUGAGUUGCAAUAGUCAAGACGAGAGAGAACAAGAGCACAGACUAGAGUUUUUGUUGCGCUAACUGUCAGGUAGUGGCGGAUGGAGCUGAUCUGACGGAUGGCGGUGUAUGCCGAACGACAAAUGUGAGAGAUAUGUUUAUCGAGAGACAUGUUGUUAGAAAGAAUAUAACCAAGAUUCCUAGCAGAGGGUGUAAACUGUAUGUCGGAGUUACCUACUUGAAAUGAGGUGGGAAGAGUUGAGGUAGAGGAUGAUUUGUGAUUGUAAAUGAGGAGUGCUUCUGUUUUGUCAUCAUUAAGCUUCAACUUGCUGAGUGUCAUCCAAGACUUGACAUCAUCAAUGCACCCCCGCAAAGUCUGGACAGCGGAAUCGACAAGAGAUGGAUGAGUAUGCAUGUAUAGCUGUGUAUCAUCUGCAAAUGACUGGUUCUCAACAGCAUGCCUCCCGAGCAAGAGGAGUAGUGGUCUGGUAUACAUUAUGAAUAGAACCGGACCCAAAACGGACCCCUGUGGCACUCCGUACACCAAAUCAGCACUGCCGGAGAGACAGCCAUCGACAGAGACCAUUUGCGUUCUAUCAGAGAGGUAGGACCUAAACCAAGCCAAAACCGAACCAGAAAUUCCAAAGUAGUUUUCAAGGGUUUUGAAAAGGAUUUCAUGGUCAACAGUGUCAAAGGCCGCACUGAGGUCUAAGAGGAUCAAAAUGGAGACAUUACCGCUGUCCAUUGCGCGCAAGAGGUCAUUACUGACUCUCAAGAGAGCUGUCUCCGUGCUAUGGAAAUGUCUAUAGGCCGACUGAUUAGAACUGAGAAGAGAGUGAUCAUUUAAGUAAGCAAAAAGUUGUUUUAGGACUAGUUUUUCAAUAACUUUAGAUAAAAAUGAUAAGUUAGAUACAGGUCUAUAGUUUUUUAAAUUAUUUUCAUCCAGACCGGGCUUCUUAAGCAAUGGUUUGAUGACAGCUGAUUUGCAAAGAGGCGGAACAGUGCCAGAAUAUAAGCUUUCAUUUAUUAUGCGGGUUAUUGUUGGGAGCAAGAUAUCUAAUGACUCAACCAACAGGGGGGUUGGGAUGGGAUCCAAAGAACAUGACGUAUGUUUAGAUUUUAGGAUUAUAUAAUAAUGUGGCUACAUUUGAAACAAAAUUAAUAUAAUGGCUGAAAUUUUAGCAAACGUGAGUUAUUUUAUUUUUCCCACUGCCGCCAUCUUGGUUGCCGCGACCCGUGAGCCUCUUAAACUUUAAGUUAAAGUUAAAAAGAGAAUAAAAACUCACAGUAAAUGCAGACAAUUGGUGCCAUGACGUAUCACACGGCCGCCAUCUUGGUUGCUGCAACCCGUAAACUUUAAGAGGCUCACGGGUCGCGGCAACCAAGAUGGCGGCAGUGGGAAAAAUAAAAUAACUCACGUUUGCUAAAAUUUCAGCCAUUAUAUUAAUUUUGUUUCAAAUGUAGCCACAUUAUUCAUGAUUAUUCUAUCCCUCUAGAUAUGUGGCAAAAAGUGUUUUGAGUAAUUUUAGUAUGUUGUAAAACAAAAAAUUGCAACAAAUCAGCUUAAUUGGCGAUUAUUUAAUUUUUGGCUUUAACACACAUUUGAAAAAAUUUAUUAUAGGUUUUUUGUGAUGGCUCUCAUCAUUUCAGAAUACCCUCCCUUUUUGUAUUGAUUAAAAAAAAAUAGAUGGAAAUAAAUAAUAAAUUAUAAAACAUAUUUACUAUUUAACUAUUAACUACUAUAUUAAAAAGGAUAUAUAUAAAUACUGCUAGGUAAGGGAAACUAAUUUUCCACAAGCAUUAUGGGGCUGUUUCAGAUUUAGCGGCCCACGUUAACUUUGUUAAGGUUAGGCAUAGGGAUCGAUUUAGGGUUCAGGUUAGGCAUAGGGAUCAAUUUAGGGUUCGGGUUAGGCAUAGGGAUAGAUUUAGGGUUCGGGUUAGGCAUAGGGAUAGAUUUAGGGUUCGGGUUAGGCAUAGGGAUCGAUUUAGUGUUCAGGUUAUGCUUAGGGAUUGAUUUAAGACGUAAAAGUGCGCGCAUGGAAAUAAACGCGGGCCGCGUUCUCUGAAUUUACCCAUUAUGGAUAAUUGUGGAAUGAUGUAAAACUAUGUUCGAAUAUACGCAAAAGUGCAUCACUGUAUUUUGAUUUUAUGAAUAGAAUUUCUCCCCACCCUUGCUUUUGCUAAAGUGACUUCGAUGGGUGUUCUUAAUUUUCACUGCCCCACCACAUCUUUUUCUAUCAAAGUGGCAAAUGAUGGGCACCUUUUUAUUUGCAAUAAUGCACUUAAUAUAAAUAUAUUAACAUACUUUGAGAAAUGUCCUUUAUUAGACAUACGAUGCGAAUAGUCUUUGUAUACUGUAUGUUUAUUUAUUGUUUGAUUUUGAGAUAAUUAAGUACUAUACUGAGACUAUAUUUUACUGUUUUGGGAGUUCCAGUGUAACCAGGUCUGAACAUCGGAGCCAUUCCUUUCAUGCACCUAAUUUUCAUUAAAGUUUGGACAGGGGAUAAAUCUUGUUAUUUCUUUAUUAUUCAAAAGCACAAAUGUCAUCACUAGGAUAUUCGAAGUCAGUCAGUUAUCACUAUCAUUAUUUACAAUUUUUUUCCAUUUUGCUUUCAUUAUAAUCCUUUUUCCAAGGGUUGUCUGUCAUGCUAACAUUCUUAGAGAAUUGUGGCUUUUGAUUGCCAAAUCUUGGCACAGCCCAUAUACAUUAACUGAAGUAGUCAUAGAUCACUGUGGAUUAAACAAAAAGCAAAUCCUUUUUUUAAAUUCUGAAUGUUAUAAUUUAUCACUAUAAGUAAUUUUUAAUAAUACACUUAAAUAAUUUUACCACUAAUACAAUAACAUUUUUCCUUAGAGCAAGCAAAUGUUGUGGAGCACUUGAUUUCCAUUACUAGAGAUAGUUACACUAAAGCUGGCGGAGAGACAUGGGUGUGUGCAUGGGCCCAAGACAGUUCUUAUUUUGCCUGGUCAAGUGGUCAUCAUAUGCUACAUAUUAUUCCAUGGGAUAAUGAAAAACAACGACGGUAUGCUUACAUUUAAUAUAAAUGGAAUAUUUGCAGCUUCAAAUAAUAUACAAUGUUGUCAACUAUGAACAUUUUUCUUCAUUUAAUCAUAUUUUUAUUCUUAUUAAAUAUAAAUAUUUUAACACAGCAGGAUUAUACAUAUUCAUGAACCUCUACAAAUUGUUAUCUCCUAAUGUCGUAUACAUUUAAAGGGUGAAAUUAAGUUGUUUAUAACAUUCCAGAUUUUUCAAAAGGUGGUGAAGUUUUAAAAAUUAUUUUUUUUUUAUAUGAUGUGAUUGAAAUGUAUCAUAAUUUCAUUCAUAGCUUAUUUUCAAUUGUAUUUCUUGACUUCAUAAUUGAUUUUUUUUUGUUGCAGUCAUAGUCCAACAGAUGAAGAAAGAUUAAAUGGACGGAAGUAUCAUCUUAUUGAUUGUGCAGAAAAUAUUUGGGCACUUUCCUUUGGCUCUGGAUUUUCACAAAAAGGGGAAAGCUCACCAUAUUAUAGGCAUUGCAGAUUUGACCAAAAUUUUAUUUUGGCAACUGGUUUGGCAAGUGGGAGAAUUAAAUUAUGGAACUGCCAAUCUGGUAAUCAAAAAUACUUUUUUUUAAAAAUAUCCUUUACAGCAAAGGUUUUUAAACUGUCCCAGCACAUGGCCAAAUAGAUAAUUAAACAAUUUGAACUUUUUAACAAGAAAAGCUAUUAACUGGAUUUGUUCAGAAUAACUGAUUUUUAAAAAUAUUGUAUUCAAAAUAUUUGUGUUUAACAUCAUCAAAAAUUUUAUAACGACAAUUUGAGCUGUGAAAGAUGGAUUCUGAAAUAAAAAAUCUCCUUUACAACUUAUGUAGACAUUUUCAGAUGUUAUUUCAAUAAAUAGUUCUUGAAGUUUUUUGUGGGUUUACGUCCCAAGUAUAUAUCUUGUAUCCGUGUUUGAUCACAUUAUUUGUGAUGUAUGAUUUUUAAAGUAAAAAGUCGGGAGAUCGAUGAAAAAUUUCCUUGGAUAAAGUCGCCACCUGAGUACUGAUUGAAUGUAAUAGGGAUUUCAAUCAGCAUUAAAUGUAUAUUAAGUUGAAAGAAUUUAAGGGAACUUAGUGAACUUGAACUGCUUAAAAGAUUUAAUAUUUCCCAUUAUUUUAAUAUGUAUUGCCAAUCUAGGGCCAUAUUUACUCAAAUAAUUAAUCCUACAUUAAACAAAAUUAAAUUAAUUUUUUUUUACAUUUUAUUUAAUUGUUACUUGAGGGGAUAAUAAAUACUUCAGUACAUUUUUUCCCCUCCAGUUUUAUAGAACUUGCUGUGAUACAGGAGGAGGAACAGUUUUGUGAUGAUACUUGAUAUAAACAUUUCACCCAUUCCUGGUUUUGAUUGGAUUUUGAAAUCAUUUUGAUCUUAGUUAAUUUUUAUUUUUUUCAUGCUUUUUUAAAAAUUCUACAGGCAACCUAAUGAUAGAGCUCCUCGACCAUCGUGAUACAGUUCGCUGUCUAGAUUUUACAAAAGAUGGUAGCCUUCAGCUAAUCUCUGCAUCUCGUGAUGGAACAAUCAAACUGUGGGACCUGCACAAUGAGGGAAAUAUGUACAGUACAUUCAAAUCUCCACCAACAAUGUUUUAUGGAUGUCGUUUCUCACCAAAUUGCCAAUUUAUUGCCGCAGUGGGGAGUUGCAAAUUGGUUUGUUUAUUUGAUUGUAAAAUAUUAAAAUAUUUUUCAGUAGAUUGAGGGAUUAUAAAUAGCUAAUACAUUAUAAAUCUCUAAACUCAUUUUCUAAAGUCACUAAGAUCCGCUUAUAAAUAUUUUUUUUACAAUCCUCUGCCCUACUCUUAUGACACUUUUUAAAACUUAUUUUAGGUAUACCUGUGGGUUAACCCAAAGCUGAAAGCACUUCCAUACAGACUUGAAGGACAUAGCAAUGAAGUAAUCUCUUGUGACUUUAGCCCAGACUCAGCUCUUCUGGCCACAGCAUCUUAUGACACAAAGAUCAUUAUAUGGGACGCAUACCGCCAGCUGAGGCUUAGAACUUUGGGGUAAGUGCAGUUUUUAAUUAAAUUUUUAAAAAAAUCGAAAACACUUGAAAUAUUGAUAUAUUUCAUAAAACCAAGCAAAGAAUGAACUAUAAAACAUGUAUAGGCUUUUUGUAAGAUUAAGUCAUUAGCCAAAAUAAAAUGAGUAAAACAGAGUAGGGUUAAACCUGAAAAAAUAAACGCAACAAAACAGCGAACGUGUUGGCAGAAAGCCUUCGUCAGCGAACAAAACAACAGAAAAAACGGUAUAAAAAUAAGAAAUAGCACUUAGCUGGUUAGUAGUAUCUGUGGGCAGCAAUAGAAGUCAUUAGCCAAGUGUUAUGAGUAUUGACAAAGAGUUAAAUGAAUUUCCUUUAGUUGAACAUACUGUUUAAAGACUUUGAAAACUUUUUAACUGUGGUUCAACUUCACCUGAUUAAAAAAAAAAAUAUGUACCUUAGCUAAUUUUUCUUUAACUCUUCGUUGUCUUUGUUUCAUCUUGUAUGAUGACUUUCAUUGCACUACAGAUUGUGCACAACUAGUUAGUUUUUUAUGUCAUCUAAUAACUCAUGUCCCUUACCUUAACAGUUUUUACUUUUCAAAGCCUGUAAGUUCAAACUUCUCAUGCCGCUAUAAUAACUGCAACUGUGUUAUUUUAAUUUUCUUAAAGUAAUUCUAUUCAUAAUAAUUUUUUUUAAAAUGGGAACUACUUUAAAAUUGAGUUUGAAACACAAUAUGCAGAGUAAAUAUUUAAAUGUUGUUAAAAAUGCAGUAUUUAAUUUUGGUAAUGUGUACACAAUCUCCAAUCAGAAAAUCUAUAUACUAAAAAUCUCAGGAAAGCUUUAGUUUACAACCCUUUAAGUUGACAUGAGAGAUGCCACUCUUGCUCUUUAUUCACUCAGUUCUCUACAAUCUUGAGAAAUGAAUUUGUUAUACAGUAUCCGCCACAAGGGUAUUUUAAUAGUUGCAAUUAAAAAUUUAUUUUUAAGCAAGGUUCUGCUCAAAGAAGGAAUGCUUUCAGCCAAAAAAUCUGUCAUUCUAUAUUUCAAAUUUCAAGCUUUUCCAUAUCUGGUACUCAGUAGUAGAAAACGUGUAGCUUAUAUUUCGAGGUUAGGAUUAAAAGUAAAAAGAUUUUCAAUUUCAGUGGAUGGAACUAGAAUGAGAAUACAAAAUUUUAUAUAUAAUAGUAUAAACUGUGUGAAUAUUAUGUAAUAAUACAUUCUCUUACACCCAAUCCAGACUCAGAAUUUCUUAAAACAUCAUUGGUAGAUCUGAAGUAUACUGAAUUAAAAUUUUUAUAGUGACUAGAUUUUCUGAUAAAAAGUUUGUAUCUUUAAUUCUUUUAGAAGAAUAUGGCAUAAAGUCAUUCCAAGGAGAAAGAACUUUUUUUUAACAAUAAAGCCUUGUUAAUAUAAAAUUGAUGUUAAAGGAUCUCUUAUCUCAUUUUUUUACAUUGAGGAGAAAACCCUUCUUAUUACCAGUAAAAUUUAAUCAGAAAUAAGUUCUAAAUAUAACUUCUUUUUUUUUACAGUGAACUCUUAUUUCACUUAUAUUUGAAAAUGAUUUCAGUGGGCUCUGAAGGGUUUUCUCAUGCACAUUGACAUUUCAUCAGCUCCUCAGUAGUUUGGCAGCUGAAUUUUUGGGUACAUCAAAGGAGAUGCUGCUGCCGACACUUGAAGGAAGAAGUGGGCAUCACAUGAUAGACUCUGUAUUAAAGGGACAGAGAGUUAGUUGCAAUGUCAUGAAAGUUAUUAUGUGUGGUGGCCAGGGAAUUUUAAAUAGUAAGCACACCAAAAAAUGGAUUACGUUUUCAAACAGAUUAGUGAUUUAUUAGUGAUUUAUUAGUGAAAUCUGAAAUUGAUGUUACUUUAGUCUUAGUUUGGGUAGUCUAUAUAUGAUGGGAAUAAUGUUUUAACACCUAAGAAUUGCAUAUCAGAUGCAUUCAUACAAUUUAAUAUUAAAGUAAUGUCAUGAUAAUAUAUAAUUGUUUAGGUGCCUUUCAGAAUAUCAUUCCAUUUUAAUAGUUACAAUGUAUUUAAAUCAAAUGAAGAAAUUAAAUAAAAAUGAUUGAAAUUUAUUUCCAAACUAAUGCUAUUUAAUAUUUUAAUAGUGCACUAAAUUCUUUUAUUCUUUUUAUUUUUCUUCUACCCUAACCCUAACCUAACUUGAUCCGUUAUCUUUUAAAGGAUUUUAUUCUUCUAUGUGAGGUACUAGAUUUUUCCCUGGUUACCACAUAUUUUGAGAUAAAAACAAUGGUGCCUCUUGCUAUUGUAAAUUUUUCAUUGUCAAUGUAAAUUGUUCUUUAUUUUUAAAAGAUAUUUUUAAAAUAUGUCUUGUGUUGAUAGUUUAUUUUUGCAUAGUAAUCCUCUUUAAUUUACAUAUAAGUACUAUUUGAAAGUAAUUGAAGUUAUCUUUAAAAACUCUAAUAUGACUCAAAUAGCAUUUGUUAGUCUAGCACUUUUUUGCAGGAUUAAAAAGAUUUUAUAUUUUUCUUUCAGCCAUUUGCAUCCAAGUCCAAGGCUUAUCUUUGCUGGUGGUGCUAAUGACCAUUAUGUUCGCAGUGUUACAUUUAAUAAUGAUGGUUUAACUCUUGCUUCUGUCUGUGAUGAUGGGUUAGUUAACUCCUGUCUUUUAAUAAUUUAAACAAAAUUCACACCAAUAACUAAAUGUUAGGGAUGUUAAUAUUGUUUUUCUUUCUUUAGGCAAAGGACAAUCAAUUUACUUAUCUGAUUAUAAACUGAUGUCCUUAAAUGAGGAACUUAACUAUCAGAUUUGCAACGAUGCAUUGUUAGGAAAUCGGAGUUGGUACUCCAUAUUUUUAAUUAGUAACUUAAUUUUUUUUAAACUUUUUAAAUUCGUUUUUUGAGGUAAUUUAAAGCAAAUCCUUUCAGUAAGAAAAAAGAAGGGACCUUUUUGCCAUUCAUAUGUUUUGAUUUGGUUCUAUAUAUUGAGAUUUAAAAUUGAAUAUUGCUCACAUGGCAUAAAUUAAUGCACCUCUUUGAGCCUAAUUGUUUAUGUUAAAAAAUUUUCUAUCAUUGGUCUAUAUUGUUACCAAUAAUGUAGCUAGGACAUCGAGACCAAUGAGGCAAAAACAGAUAGGGGCUAUAUCAAACAAUUUUUAAAAUCCUGGGAUUUUUGUAAUAAACAUUUACAAUUACAAUGAUACAAAUAAAUAAAUUUAAAUAUUUGUGUAAAAUAACCGAUAAUAGUUUUCGAAAUCAAUAAUCAGAAAUCCAAUUAUUGUUUAGUAGUCGCCUUAGUUUUUUUAAAUUUUUAAUAUGAAGUGAAAUAGUUUUCCCUUAGCUAAACCUGGUAUUUAAAAAGGGUGGUCGCAAAAAAUACAAACCUUAAAUUGUUAAUUUAAAAUUUUGCAUUAUUGUUAAUUUCUUAAAAAACUUCUAAAGCUUACAUAUAAAUGUUCCUUUAUUUUUACAUUUCAGCUUUGUACGUUUCUGGAAUCUUGGUUAUAUGGGUGACCCACUUGUCAUUUCCACAGUAGUGGAUGCAAUUUCAUGCAGAUUUUCUUCAUAUGGUCAAACUCUCUCAGUGGGGUAAAUAUAAUUACAAUGUUUUCAUGAGCAGUAAAUUAGAAUUCAUACUAGUUUCUUGCAAGGAUCAUCAAGUUUCGUAUGCCUCAGAGCACGUUCGACCAAAAAAUAGUUUUUAUCUAUUUAAAUGACAAAUGUUUCUACAUUAACCAAAUUACACACAAUUUCAUCUAUGUUUAGGAAUAUACAAACAGACAAAAUUUAAUUUCAUCAAUCUGAAAUGGCUGGAUCAAGCUCUUCAACAAAUCUUUUAGUGAUUGCAGCUUUUUCUUUGAUGUUAAAAUGGUUGAGAUAUUUAAUAAUAGGCCACUAUUACUUAGUUCAAUGCUAGAAGAAUUGAUCAAAUCUCUUUCCUCUUGAAGUCUGGUAAUACAUUUUUUUGGUAAAAAUAUGUCACGGUCACCAAGGAUAUUUUGCAAUAGGAAUAAAUAUAUAUAAGACCACAAACUUUGCUUUUAUUGAAAAAUUGACUUUUUUUUUUCAGGUGCCGCAGUGGAGAUGUGAUAUUUUUAAAAGCCUCCAUACGUGUGCCAAGUCUCCUGCAGCUGAGCCGGCAGGUCAUACGUAAAGAGAUGGUCACAGGUCAGAUUGACUCUCUGCCCUUGCCAAAAAUGCUCAUCAACUACUUGUAUUACCAGGAUAUGUCUGAGACUGCAACGAAGUGAUGGUUAGCUAGCCUUUUAAGGAAACGGACAUUAUUAAUUUGUCACAAAUUCAAAGGUGCUGUUCAAAAAUGGCUACAUGACUGUGAAAUUGUCAAGUACCUGGUACUUAUACAGCUUUAACAUAGAGGUACCCCAUAAACUUACAUUGCUGUUAACUUUUUUUACAUGAGAAUUCACUGGAAAUCUGCUGCUCUUUUAAUAUUAUGUUUUUUUGUGCACCCAUCCAUUACAAGUGAAAAGGUGGGGAUUCUGUAUUAUUAGCCUUUGUAAAUUAUUUUAAUCCAGUAUGUUCUUAUGUCAAGCUGGGCUUAUAUAAACUGUUGUGCCUAUGGUCUCUCUCUCCAGCAUUAAAACAAUGGAAACUAAAUAAUUCUGAAAUAUAUUUUACAGCUUUUUUAAAUAGUCCCUGUUUUGUUAAAAGUCUCAAAUUUACCUUUUGAUACAUCAGUUAAUAAAUUAUUGGUUCCCAUAUGGCAUUCUUACCAUGGAAAAGGUAGUUGAAACUCAACUUUUAUUGCAAUACUACUGUGAAUGUCGAGCAUGUUUUUAAAAAAAAUUUGGGACUAUUACUUUUUAACAUGUUUUUUUAUCAUUCAGAUUUGUCACUUUUCUGCAAAGAUGUUAGUAAAUUUUGUAGCACUGGUUCUCAUUACAUUUUAAACAAUUUCUUUAUAAAGUAGCAAUAAAGCUUUCUGCUUGAAUUUCUCCACAUAUUAUGAUUUAUUCCUGAAAUAUAUUUAUAAUUUUUUUGCUUAAACAGUUUGAAUCUCUAUCCAUGUAGGCCAGUGCUUACUUAAUAUGUUAAAUAAGGUACUUAUUUCAUGAUUACUUUUAAUGAAAUUUCAUGUUCAAUUUAUCUUAAUAUUAAUAAUUGAAAUAAGAAAUGUGUGAGAUUUAAAUUUAGAGUGCUUUGAAUUUUUUUUUUAAUAUUUCAUUGAUUUUGGAAAUAAGCAAAACAAAUUAUUGGAAAACCAGAAAGAAGGAUGCAACAAAACAAAACCUGAUUGCAAUCUGUACGCCUUAUUACCAUGUUUUGAUUGAUUCUAAAUAUUGCCCUUAGGUUUGGGUUAUUCACCAAAUUAUUGGUCUGCCACCUGUAUUAACUGGCAUAAUGAACCAAAAAAUAAAUUCCGAAAUAAUGCUGGAUCCACAGGUUGACUCGUCUAUGAUAUUUACCUAAAUGGCAUUUAACAUUUCUUUUAAUGGGCUGUUUCCUUAAUGUGCCCAUAUUAUCUGUCAUGAUACAGCCAUUGAUAUUAUAAAGCAGUAUUCUCCACAUCGGCAGCAUGUUUACUUUUUUUUCCCCUUAAGUUAUUUUAAAAUAUGUAAAACUUUUCACAACAAUCCUGUGAUCUGAAAGAAAACAUUAUUUGUUCCUAAGUUAAAUUAUCAUAUUCUAAUGAAAAUAUAUAUUGGUCAAAAAAAGUUACUUAGCUAUCAAUAAUACCUUUCCAAUUAAAUGAUGAAUACCAAUUUAAAAAGUGGGGGAAAACAGUAUAUAAUGUGCUAAGUAUUUCUAACUUUAUUUGUGUAACUAAUAAAAUGCAAAUCAUGUUUUUUUAAACAGUUGCUAACUUAAAAACGGUGGAUAUUCUUGCUGCAAUAUUGAUGUAUUUAUAAGUAAAAUAUUUGUUGAAAUUGUUUGGCAUCCUUACUUGGAUAAUAAAAUUUGGUAAUCCCAUCCUGUUUAAAGAAAUAUGAAGUAGCCUUUUGAAACUUAUGAUUUGUGACCAUGCUUGACUUUUUUCAUCAUUUUAUUGUAAGGUUAAAGUAAAUACAUUCAAUUUAGUGACCUGCAAUAGAGGAGUUUACUAUUUAAGCAUUUAUUUAGCCUUAUUUAUUAAUUAGGUAAGGGAGAGGCAGAAAAGUUUUCUAUUUCAUUGGUGCUGUGUAACUGGGAAAAGGCUUGAACAACUAAGACAUUUAAAGCCUGUCUUUCUUUUGUUCUAUAAAUGUGCUCAGUGUAAAUAAUUUUGUCAUCUUAUAACAUCCUCCUGUAAAAAUUAUAAAUAUGAUCCAUGUAUGCAACUCGUACAAAUUGCCCUUUUCACCCAAAUUAUAUAAAAUAUAGUUUGGAAAUAGACAUGGUUCAUGAACCCAAGAAGUCACAAUUAUGAGCAUGAUUUAAUGCAGCUUGCUAGUCAUGUGUGUAUGUUAAAAUUUGAAUAAAAGAGAGUAUAACUUUAAAAUGAACUAAUUAUUAAUGGAAGAGGGAAAAAUACUGCUGAAACUUCACAAAAAUAUUAGGUGUAGGUGCUGGGUUAAAAAAAAGAAGAGGUAGUAGUGCCUAAGAGAUAAUUUGGAAAGGAGAGGAAAUAUAUUCCCC